AUGAUUAAAGUCUUUGUAUGGAAUCGUAGGGGCGUGGGAAGCAAUCGCUUCCUGAGAGUGUAUAAGGAAUAUCGCAGGAAGUAUCGUCCGAGUAUCGUGAUAUUGGUGGAACCUAAAAUUAGUGGUACUAGAGCGGAAGAUGUGAUAAAGGAGCUGGGUUUUGAUCAGAACCUGGUCCUGGAUGCAGUGGGCUUUGCAGGUGGAAUUUGGGUUGUUUGGGACUCGAGCUUGGUUACAAUUACGGAGGUUGAUAGAGCGUCCCAAUUUCUGCAUGUCCGGGUUCGCUAUGGACAAGUGCAGUGGCUGCUGACGGCUAUUUAUGCCAGCCCCGCUCUAGUGCAGCGAAGAGACUUGUGGAACUCUAUCCGCGACCUGGCCGAAGGAAUCACGGAACCGUGGAUGCUAGCGGGAGACUUUAACUCGAUCCUCCAACCAGCCGACAAGUUGGGUGGCGCACCAUUUGAUGCUGCGAGGGCUCGCGACUUCAGGAUUGCAUGCUAG